UACCUCUAAACUUAAAAGCCUCGACUCAGUCAGUCAGUCGACUCGACUCGACUGGUCUUCAUCUACUCCUGGCUGGUAUGGCCUACGUUGUUCACUCACCCAAGACUCACUUUUCUGAUGCGUUCAAAGCUUUGAAAAGCCUAUACUACCAGAAAGACUUAUGUGACGUGAUAUUAAAGACAGAGGAUGCUCAAUUUCAUGCUCAUAAAGUUGUCCUCGUGGCUUGUUGUCGCUACUUUGCUGCUAUGUUCCGUUCAGGGAUGGAAGAAUCUCAGAAAAGUGAAGUAAUAUUGCAUGAUGUGGAUCCAGUGGCACUGAAAUGUGUACUUGAACUAUUUUACACUGGUCACGUAACAAUUAAGAGUGACAAUGUUCAGUCAUUGCUAUCUGCUGCUAGCUUGUUUCAGAUUGAUCAUUUAGUGUCAGCUUGUUUAAGUUUCCUAAAGCAGCAGCUCUCUCCUAGUAACUGUUUGGGGAUCAAGUCUUUUGCAGGGUUGCAUAGCUGUCAGUUUCUGGUUGAAGCAGCAGAGCGUUAUUCUCUAGCAAGGUUCACUGAGGUGACCUGUGAAAAUGAGUUUCUUGAAUUAACUUUUGAGGAAGUUUCCAGUUUAACGAGUAAUAAUAAACUUAACAUUAAUUCAGAAGAUGAGGUUUUUGAUGCUAUUAAGAAUUGGAUACUACAUGAUAAAUCCAGCAGGAUCAUUCAUUUAACCUCGCUUUUAUCGAAUGUUCGAAUGUCACAGUUGUCACCUUCUGUUUUGGUGGACAAAAUAUUAAGAAAUGACCUCAUACAGAAUGAUAUCCAAUGUCGAAAUCUGAUUGAUGAUAUACUGAUAUAUACUCAUGUCCUUACUGAUAGAAAGCAUUUGUUGCCUUCUAGUCAACUGCAAAAAAGAAUGAGCAUAUCUGAAGAUGGUGUCAUUUAUGUUGUUGGAGGAUUGGGUUGUACUGAAAAUUCAGUCUAUUCAGUUGAAAGGUUCGAUAUACAUGAUGGGGCAUGGUAUAUAUCAGAGCCAAUGGAUAUCCAAAGGAGUAGAGUUGGUGUUGCUGAAUUAGAGGGAAAGAUUUAUGUUUUUGGUGGCUAUGAUGGAACUAUUAAUCGUUUAUCAGUGGUGGAAUGUUAUGACAUACAAACGGAGAAAUGGAGCUCAUGUUCACCAAUGUUGACAUGUCGUAGUGCUAUGGGUGUAGCUGUUCUUGGAGAUCAGAUCUUUAUCAUUGGUGGAUAUGAUGGGAUUCAUUCACUGAAUUCUGUUGAAGUUUAUAGUGUCCCUGAUGACAAAUGGACAAUGGCCCCGCCAUUGCUGACCAAUCGUAGUGCUCCUGGAGCUGCUGUUGUGAAUGGUUGCAUAUAUGUUAUGGGUGGCCAUGAUGGUUUAUCUAUAUUUAGCAGUGUUGAGCGAUAUGACCCAGAAUUACAGCAGUGGGUCUUUGUUGCUAAUAUGAAUUCUCAGCGUUGCCGUUUAGGUGUCACUGCAGCAGUGGGAAAAAUUUUUAGUAUUGGUGGCUAUGAUGGACAUCAGUGCCUGGACUCUGUGGAGUGUUAUGAUCCUGCCACUAAUGUAUGGCAGUUGCUUCCUAAAAUGAUAUAUCACAGAAGCCGAGUAGCUGCAGUUACUGUUGGUAAUCAAAUAUAUGCAAUUGGUGGUUAUAACGGUGUGUCUAAUAUGAGCUCAAUUGAAGUGUAUGAUAUACAGCGAGAAGAAUGGUCUGUUGGGCCUCCUAUGAGAAAACAUUAUGGAGCUGUUGGUGUAGCUGUUAUCACUUAACAUACUCUCAUACACUGUAGAUUAUAUUUUUGGCAGAAUUUUAUUAUUGAAAA